AUGCCCAAAAUAUUCAAAACUAAUGCUGAAAUUGCCACUUGUGGUGGUAAGUUAUUAAAGUUGACCCAUGACUCAAAGGAAACUGGAACUCAAAUGGAUGUAAACAUUUAUUUACCAAAACAAUAUUAUGAUAAAAGCAAAAAGGAAUGUCAUGAAUCAAAGAUCCCUACUCUAUAUUAUUUAUCUGGACUAACAUGCACACCAAAUAACGCUUCUGAAAAAGCAUUUUGGCAAUUGCAAGCAGACAAAUAUGGCUUUACUGUGGUUUUCCCCGAUACUUCUCCACGUGGUGGCGAUGAAGUCCCCGAUGAUAAAAACGACUGGAGUUUUGGUAAAGGUGCUGGCUUUUAUCUUAAUGCCACAGAACCCAAGUAUGCUGCUAAUUAUCGUAUGUAUGAUUAUGUCCAUAAAGAGUUGCCAUCUUUAUUACAACAAGAAUUUGGUUCUGAUGGAAAAUUGGAUUUCAUCAAAAAUAAAAGCAUUACUGGUCAUUCUAUGGGCGGUUACGGUGCAAUUAGUGGGUUUUUGAAGAAUUACGGUGCCUAUAAAUCGUGCUCUGCGUUUGCUCCAAUUUGUAAUCCAAGUGUUGUUGGUUGGGGAAUUAAAUGUUUUAGUAAUUAUUUGGGUUCUGAUAAUAAAGCUGCUUGGAAACAAUACGAUCCAUGUGAUUUGGUCAAAGUUGUUAAAAGCACUAAUGCUAGUGAUAAAGUUUUAAUACAUGUUGGUACUAAAGAUCCAUUUCUUAAUGAGCAUUUGAGACCAGAAUUAUUGCUUAACGCUAGUAAAGGCACCACAUGGGAAGGAAAAUUCGACAUUAACUUAGUAGAUAAUUUCGAUCAUUCGUAUUACUUUAUAAGCACCUUUGUCCCCGAACAUGCAGAAUUUCACGCCAAACAUUUAGGUUUGCUUUAA